AUGCGGUCUGGUGUAGCAAAUGAUACUCAGAAGUUCUAUUCGCGCCAUGUGGGUGUUGCCGGCUCAGGGACUGUACGCGCUGAGUUGUUGGUGGCUGUUUCCAUUGCGUCGAGGGAAGGAGCGUCGCCCCAAAUCAACAUCAUCAUCAUGACCAAGGCCCACUCCAUUUCUUCAACUAUGAUGGAUGGUCAUAGGUAAGUUGGUUGUCGCUCUGACCUGUGGACUGCCACGUUUUCGCGCAGUUUUGCGGAUUCUUCCAACGACUUUCGCCACGAAGCCGACAGUUGCAACUACAACCUGAGUGAGUGGUGGUACCAACUUCAAAGAAGAUUAAAUAUGAGGAUUACUCCUCCUCCAGGAAUGCAGGCACUGCGAUCCUAA